AUGACGACGACGAGGUGGAACUUGGUGGCAUCGAGCCUACACCUUCUGCUGGUUACUUCUUGCGGAUCAGCCACUCCACCAACCAAUAGUUCUCCUGUAUAUCCCCAAGUCGAGGUCAGACCCCACAAGAAAAUAGUGCAGGAUAUACGACCUUUGCACUACAACCUCAGUCUGCUCACUGUCGUGGAUUUGAAAAACCCAAAGGGCAUAUUUAGGGGUGAAGUCACAAUUCGAUUGCGUGUGUGGAUCGAAUCACGGACCAUUGUGUUGGGAGUCAAUGGAUUGAAAAUUGGCCCAAAAGUUUGGUUGAUCCGCAGGACGACCGCAAGGAGGGUGACAGUAAAGUCUCUUUGGAAGGAAGUCCAUCAGCAUACGUUCGGCAUCGACUUCAACAGCCGUCUAUGGCUAGGCGAGGAGUACGAACUCACUGUGGAGUUUAGUGGCCAGAUGUCCAGCACGAAUCGAGGCUACUUCACGGAGCAGUACGUCGACAACAACAAGCGACAAUGGGUGACGGUCACCCAGCUGUCGCCCAAUAUGGCCAGCAGUGUCUUUCCCUGCUUUGAUGCCAGUUACCGGACACCGUUCACCCUCCAUCUGGCCCAUAGCCGGGAGAUGCAGGCCGUCAGCAAUAUGCCUAUUCUAAGAACCGCUGAACACGAAGACGACAAUUAUGUGUGGACGAGCUUCCAAGAGACACCCAGCAUGACCGUACAGCAGUUGUCCUUUUCCAUCAACCAGUUUAAGGUGCAGGACUCUCCCGAGGCUCGUUCCGAUCCCUUGAUGAAGUUCUGGUUCCGGCCAGCCAAAGCUGAACACUCUGCCUAUGCUAUUAGUCUGUCUACUAAGUUAAUAGACUAUUUCGUGGAUCUAUUCAAGUUGCCGUAUCCCAUGGCCAAGCUGGAUCAGCUGGUCCUGCCAGACGUAGGCCUUCAUACCCUAGACUACGCUGGAUUCGUCGCCCAUCCGGAGAGCGUGUUCUUGUACAGUGAGAAGCACGCAACGGCCCCCUCGAAGCAGGACGUGGCGGCCCAUUUGGCCAGGAAGUUCUCCCACCAUUGGUUUGCCAAUCUGGUCGAUGCCGGAAACUUCUGGUUGGGCGAAGGCCUGUCCGGCUAUUUGGCCGGGUUCGCUGUGGACCAAGUGGAGCCCACGUGGCGCCAUCAUGAGACGGAACUGGCGACCAAGACGUUCGCAGUCCUGGACGAAGACUCACGGGCCAGUGCCCAGCCAGUUAGCUUCGCCCGCGGCGCAGGACCUAUGGAUUAUGAGUUGCAGGCCUAUCAGAAGGGCUCACUGCUGUUUAGGAUGCUGCACUUUUUGGUGGGCACAGAGGUUUUUACGAACUCGCUGCGAGGUUUUAUGAAGAGCUCACUCAAGGAGAGCUCGAACCAGACACUCUUGUGGAUAUAUUUCCAAGAGGAGUCCGAGCGCGCCUUGAGCUUGCGCCAGGACAUUCGUGUGGGCCCGCUAAUGGAGUCGUGGACCUUGCAACCGGGCUAUCCCCUGCUGCAUGUGAGACGGAACUAUGAUAAGCGCGAAGUAACCAUUUAUCAGAAGCGGUUCCUGUGCAAUCCGAGGGGCAGUGCCACCGGCCAGAAGCCCACCAACCGCCAACAUUGCUGGUAUAUCCCAUUGACGUUCACCACCGCCGCCCGGAACAGUUGGGCCCACACCCUGCCCACCGAUUGGUUAACCUGCAGUCACGUAAGUCCCGAGAGUCCAUUAACGCUUAUCGACGUGGCGGAGCCCAACGAUUGGGUCGUCUUCAAUCUACGACUGGGCGCACUCUGUCGCAUCAACUACGACGAACGCAACUGGCAGCUUCUGAACGAGGCUCUGAUGGGCGAGAAUGCCACCCAGAUAGAUCGGUUUAGUCGGGCCCAGUUACUGGACGACGUCCUCAAUCUGGCCGGUGCCGGUGUUGUUGGUUAUUAUCUGGCCUUUUCCUUUCUCCGAUACCUGCCGAGAGAGAACGAGUCUAUUGUUUGGAAUGCGGUAGCGAGGAAUCUGGAGUGGCUGUUCCGUCAACUGCAGACCACUCCGAUAAUCUUUGUCUUUAAGAACUUUCUGCGUGGUGUCCUGGAACCAAAGUUCAACGAAUUGUUCCCGUCAUCCGAAGCCUCUAAGAACAACAGAACUGCUGCAGAUGGCAGUGGUCCCAGCAAUAAUUCCACCGGAAAUUCCAAUUCCACUUCCACUGACAGCACUGGUAGUUCCAAUACAACCAAUGACUCCAACACCACCAGUACUACCCAACACACCCUGAAGACCAUUGUUCUCCGUCUGGCUUGUGAAACCAACUUGGCAUCCUGCGAGAGUCUGGCCCUCAGGGACUUUAGCCAAAUGAACGUGACCCAAAAUAACAUUCCGGUGGAUCAACGUCGGACAAUCUACUGUACGGCGAUUCGACUGGGCACCGAGGCCGACUGGAUAGAGCUCCGGAAGCUGUUCAAGAGCUCCGAGAUGUCCGGCGAGCGUACCAUGAUCCUGGAGGCAUUAUCAUGUAGCCGCGAUACCUGGGCACUUGAGAAAAUGCUCAUGUGGGCCUUUGGCGGGGCCAACUUGGCCAAGGUCGACGUCCUGAGGAUCUUUAGUGCCGUGGUGCGCAACCCCGUGGGCUACCAACUGGCCAAGAACUAUUUGAUCAAAAACAUUUCCAACAUCAAAAAAUUCUAUUCGUUCUUUACAGAUCAAAUAGCAGCUCUUGUUUCCGCCCUUGUCGAGAAGAUAACCACUCAGUCUGAGUUGGAUUCGAUUGGAGAGUUCAUGAGAAAUGAUUUGAAUGACUUGGUGGGAAUCGAGCAUACAUCGCGACGUCUCCUGGAACUCGGAAAUGACAACAUAGCCUGGCACAAGAAUAACUAUAUAAGUGUAGUUAGUGCUGUUUGUAAUCUGACCGGGUCCAUGGAGCCACAAUGUACUUGAAUGAGGCAGCAAAGUGUUUUUUCCUUCUAGCGUUUACAUUGGAAGCGUCUACAUUAACCAGUAGCCUGGUCACAUUAGAAUGUUACCAAUACAAUUUUAUUCAACAGAACAACCCAUCGAGGUAGCCUUGACUUUCUCGAAUCCAGAAAACCCUCCUGGGCCUCAGAAAAUGUGUCAGUUGCUGCCUCGACUGCCUCGGGUCAACAUCAUUUCUGA